GUGUGUACAUUAAGCAAAGUAAAUAGGGCGGAUAGUACUUCGAGUGAAAGCAGUUCUAUUACGGGGUCUGAUUAUUCGGAUUUUGAGGCUUCGAUGGAAGGCGAACAUAAUGGAAGAGUUUAUAAAUCUGUUGGUAAAAUCAGGCCCUGGCAAUUUGAACCGCCAGGACGAACGAAACCUAAAAUAGAGCGCGAGAGUCAGAGGAGGAUCCAUAGCCCGUGCGCCGCGGCCGCCUCAAUCAAGAAAGCGAGAAUGGUGAGUGCAUUUACGAUUAUAAAUAAAGUAUCUGAAAAUCAUUUGCUUCUUAAACGUAGGAGCGAUCAAGUAAAGAAAACCAAAUGUACAGACUCUUGAAUACCAUGGGAGCGAAUUGUUUUUAUGCUACACGCACGUACCUUCCGAAGCUAAGGUUUCACUGACUGAAAAUAUAAACAUACACGCUUGUGGAGGUGAAUUGGCUGGAUUAUACACGUUCACACGCAAUUGAAUCGGUUUGAAGUUUUCCUGUGUUGUAUUUUACGAACGAUUUAAGAUUCCUCGGCUUUUACUUUAAAACGUGAUGUAGCAAAAAAUAGCAUUCGUACAUGUAGAAUUGUAAAUAAAGUAAAGUAGCCUAAAGUUUGAGUUAUCUCGCACGUUUGUGACAGUUAUAAAGCUGAUAACUGUUCUUUUUGGUGAAAGCGAUCAUAAUUUGAGAAACAUUACCUGCUUGUUAUUUCCUUAGUACGAGUUUGUCGCGGACUCGAUUCCUUUUUUUUUUUUUACCAAAGCACUGCGUUUUAAACGGUGGGUACAAGAUAGUCAUAUGACUUGUGCUUUAAUGGUUUCCUCUCUCAGGCUUUAGGCUUGUUUUAUUUACGAUAAACGUGCGCGAGUAAUCUACUGUUCACUCAGCUGACAUUGGUACAUUUUUGAAACGAGUAACCUUUCGGACAGGAUUGAUUUCAUUAUGUUUCCGGUUGCAAAUGAGAAACAACGUUUGAGCAUGGCGCUCAUAACAAGGCGAUUCUUGUGACAUCCGUUUACAGCAUGGUUCUGUUGUUAUACACUUCCAUCGGAAGUUAAUUAAACUUAGGCACACGAAUGUGCUAUACAUGCUGCUCAAUGUUAGUUGUAAUCAUUCGUGAAAAACUCUCAGUUAGAGACGAAACGCAUCGAGAGAAAUAAACAAAAAGUUACAAAAGUAGGAAAUCAUCUUUUGUGUUGCCUACUAGUCUCAUUAAAAAAUGUUUAAAAAGGAUAAAUCUUGCCCAUUUCCGGACCGUGGAAGAAGACUUUUGUUCACGAAACCAGAUGACGACCUCCCAUAAUACGUGACAAUACUUUGCGUUUAGUCACGCUCACUCCUGAACCGAUGGGCCUGAGGUCACAGUGCUACACUCCAGACAAAAUCUAAAGACAAAUAGUUUUCGGCUUGGAAUUAAAAAACAUUUCUUUAAGUAUAGAAUUCGAUAAUAGUUAAGAGGAAAAAUUGUGGGAACAUAUAUAUUUUUACAGCUGUUUGGAAUAACGUGCAAAUUAUCUGUGGCUCUGAAUACAGACAUGCGAUCCGUCGCGUUUCGAUUAUUCAACCUUCGUUAUUUUAUUUCUCACUUCGUAUUUCGUAGUCUCUAAAUGGUGACCUAUAUCAGAAUCGAACAAAUCUUACUUUUUUUCCGCUCGUAAAUUUCGGCUGCAGCUGAACAGCCGAGACGAAUUUGUUAGUCUCAGGUCUUGACAUGACACUUUUCACUGCCUUACACACGUGUGACGUAUCACAUCACGUGACCUGAAUCGAACCGUUUUCAAAGUGGCCGUCGAUUAGGCGUCAAAAAAAAUUUGUAAAAAAUUUAAUUCUGCACAAUAUAUCGUUAACUUGCUCAUUUUGGAUUCUUUAACCUAAGAGGAAUGUAUUGGGACAAAAAAAAAGGAGAAAAAUUUGGCGUCAGUUACCCUUUAAACAAAUCGAUAUGUCAACGGCAGACCAGCUGAUAUCGAUAUUCCGAAAUAAUACUGAAGUAAAUGCCGCGACGUUGAAAUAGAAUUCGACUUUUCUUCGAGGAAGUUUUGAUUAAUACUCGACGCAGUCAGCGCAUGUGUAGGCGAGACAAAGCUGUUUGCAAGAAAAAGAUGUGACUACGAUUGUAGACGCUGAAUGCGAAGAGUCUUUGACCCCUCGAAACGUUUGCUCGUCGAUCCUCCAAGCUCACAGAGGGUUUAUAAAUAGGGAACCUUUUACGAGUGAAUCUUAGAGCGAAACUUUGAUCGAACUAAUGGGGGAACUUGUGAGCACUGAUAAAAAGUAUGAAUGAAACAUAAGGUUAAACAAACAUCAGUAGCACAACUGAUCAGUCCAUAAUAUCCAACCAAAACACUCUCGUGGCCAAGCAGAAUGAAACGCAGUCAGAGGACUUAUCUGAUGGUCAACCAAUGAACAGAAAAGGAAAGCUGAUAUGGAAAAAUACAUGACAAGAAGGAGAAGAAAUAAUAAGUUCAGAAAUAAGCAAAACAGAGCUCUGCACGCAAAAAGAUUAAAAAACAUUGAAAAAAGAGAAUCUCAAAGGCAGACAUUUAACAAACGCAAAGAAUCAAAUCUUGAUCAUAUCAGAGAACUGAAUAGGCAGGCAUUUGCCAAAAGUAAAAAGAGUAACCCUCAGCAUGUACAAGAAGUGAACAAAAAUGCACAGAAUAGCACAGAAUUUUUCAACCAAAUUUUAUUGUUUUUUUAAUAUUAUUAAAUCCCCUAGUAUCAGUUAAUAUUCUUGUAAUUAAAAUAAUUACAUCAAAUCUUGCAGAUGUAUGGCAGAUUAUUUUUUCUCUGAACCUCCUAACAUUUUACCAUUUGAAGGGACUGGUAUUGGCUAUAUAAGUAUGGUCAAAGUAAAGGUUUUUGCACAACCUGUGCACUGAGUUUUUGUAAUAAAAUAUUGUAUCCUUCUCAAAACUAGUUUAUCAGAAUAAGAGUGGGUUACCGGGAACAAUUAUGGCUUUUGUGAUGAUAGUUUCCAGAUUUGAAAAAAAGUCACUGCCUACUAAAAUCCUCAGUUCCUUUGCCUUGCUAACCCAACCUCAUCAAAACAUUGCCAACAGGAGUGAUUAGCAAAUUAUUGAUACAGACAAGAGGGCCUAUUCCCACAUACAUCCUCCUCAACCCUCUUAGCUUACUAUGGUCAUGGCAUUUCAAACAUGGUGUAUAUGCCACAAAUUUUUCCAUUUCCCUGACUAAUUACUUUGUAAUAGUGUUUAUAUGUUGAGGAAAUGGUUGGGUUGAAAUAUAAUACAAAGACGUGCCAGUAGAUAGUUUUAUUACAGUUUUUAUUCAGUGUAACGUAGGGCUGGAAAAUAAACUAAUAAGAGCUCCGCUUUUAGGCUUGGCUAAAUCUAUAUAUAAGUAAAAGCUGAAAAUUUGUCCUGAAGAAGAGACUCUAGUCUCUUAACGUCAAGACUUGUUCACCGUUGCUGAAAUCAAGUCACAGUUUUAUUGAGAAAAACAAAAACAAAAACGAAAAAACUUGUGCGGCAAUUUUUAAACUUUUUUAAAACUUAAAAUUGAUCGGAUGCUUAAAUAAUAUAUAGAAAUAUGCAUUACCCAGACUCGACCAGGUUCAACUUUAAAGGGUUGUCACUAUAAAUCAUUGCCAAAUUAUCUGAGCAGCAGUAUAAACGAUGUUUAAUUUAUGAGGUUGAUAUUGAAAGUUAUAACACGCGAACAUGCCCCACUUGGAUUACAAGACACUCUACGCCCUCAUCACUUUUAAAGCAAGACCAAGUUUAUUCGAGAUUUUUCUCAUUCUUUUAUCAAUGGAAAGUUUCUAAAUGACAACUUUCACUAAAGACAUAAAUAGUAUUGUGCGACGAAUUAUAUCUCGCUUCAUGCUUUCAUGAAUACCCUUUGGCGCUUUUACCUUCAAACCCUUACUCAAUUCCGCAUCAUUCGUUUUCAAUAAGUUAUCCCCACAAAACCAAACUAAAAGUACUAAUAAUGUCUGGCAGAAUUAUUUGGAAUCGAGGCUCGGUCAACUGUAAACAAUAAAAAAAUCUAAGCUGCCAUUCACAAAUAAUACAAUUUUUAAACUGGUCUGACAAAUACCAAACCAUGAAAACCCAAAAGAUUGAAUUUUGGUUAACGGAGAGUAAAUUUACAAAAUAAACACCCAUGGUGAGCGAUCGUUUGUUCUCUAUCACGUAAAAGCUGCAUUUUUUCAUGUCUCUUAAUUCUGAGCAACUGGGAAUGAGGAGCGAGGGUUCCUUGUUAGUCUCGUCACGAACGACAGCUAGUUUCCCCAACAGCUGAGGCUAGUAAACGUGACUAAGGAAAACCGACAUAAACGUGACUAAGAAAACCGACAUAAGGUUACAAAGAAGCUAAAAUUAGUCUUGUCUAGGUCUACCGUACAUGUAAGACAUAAAGGUCCGUGGGGCGAUCUUACAGAAAUCAGUAACUCACAACUCUUUCCUAACAACUAGCACCCGAAGGAAUUCAUCUCUCAACAAAACACAUUUUUGAAAGACAGCUCAUCUCAAGUAAGUGCAAGGUAGCUGAUAUCUUUGCAAACAAUAGAAUAACACCGGCACUAUCAUGCCAAGCGUACCAUUCUGAAUGUCCCAGUUACGAUACCUACAUUCAAAGCUUCAAAGUUUGAAGCUGAUUAAUUAUGAGCAACUGAGCUGGUCUGAAUUGUAGGUUUCAACUGAUUCAAAAUACAUAAAUGUUUACCUUCUUAACUUAAAAGGAAAGAUAUAAACCGUCAAUGAAAACAUGGCCAAAAUUUUAACCGUUAAAAGACUGUUGGCUUUAAAAGUCUUCACACCCAUUCAAAGCCUCUGAUUCGUCUCGUUAAUUUGAUCAUCAGCAGCUCUGUGUCGAUUAUUCAUUCUGAAAUGGCUGUGAUAGUGUCAUGUUGUCUCUAUUUCCAUCCAAUGUGUUUGUGCCAUUUGCUUUGAAGUUCCAUUUGUGCUAUCGUCAGCAUCUGCUCGUUAGAUCCCCGACAGUCCAUUUGCAAAUUGCAUCAAGCUGAUGCAGUGAACGGUCAGAAAUCCCUUUUCUUAGAAUCUGAGACGGAAUAUCUUACGCUGCUCUAAUAUACCUUCUUUGAGUUAGCUUAACGUGCACGGAAGCAUCAAACGUUAUAAGUCACGUUUGUUUGUUACAUUCGACUUCCUGAGUAAUAUUUCUCCUUGCUUUCUACAUUCACAAUAUACUUUGGACAUGAUCACUUGGCUGAUCGUCGAGAUGAAGUUGAUACUAAUAAACAAACGCUUAGGGUUUCGGGACCGGCCAUUAUUUAUCGCCGGGGGAGGGGGAGGUCGAACGAUUUUGGUUGCGUCACGAUACAAACUACUUGAUUUCCCCAUAAGGCUUUGUAAUAGUUUUAUGGUGCCCCUCUUUGAUCGCUUAGGUGACGUUCCAAACUUCCUAUGUUUGAACAUGUUUGCGAUUCAAACAUAAAUACAGCUUAAGUACACUCUGUAUACUACGGGGGGAGGGAGGAGUGUAAUUUUCAACUUUGGACCUUUCCAUGAAUUUUCCUGUUUGGGAUGUUUAGGCUAUCAUGUUAUCCUACACCAAAUAAGAUAAUUCUGAAAGUUGACAAAACAACAGAAUACUGCCAUCUUGUUUGCCUUACAAUAAUAUCUGAGAACAGCAUAACUGUUUGUAGUAGAGCAGAUUUGCACAUGAUCAGAGAAGUCUGGUUAGAAGGAUUAAACCAAUAGAUUUUAAUCAGAUCAACAGAUUAUUUCUCAACAAUGUGAAAUUUUUUUAAGUCUAACCUAUAUCGUCUUCCAUUAUCUCAUCCCGAUGCUACCUUUAUAUACCUCAAAUCUCUGGAUGAACAAGGAAGUUGCUAUUAAACUAUUGGUGAAAAGUGCUUAAAAAAAGGAUUGUGGACUCGAUUGCGCGAUAUAUAGCAGUCGAUGAUUGACCUCCAGCUGUAUUCCUCGAUGGAUUUCAAUGCUCAGCAACUGUGUAAGCACAUCCUUCGAAAGACAGUUCAUCUUCAGUAAAUGCAGCAUUUUUAAACUGUUCACUUAAUAAUUUUGAAAAAUACCCGUAAAAAAACAUGUUGAUAUCAAACGUGACUUCCUGACUACCUUACUUCGAACAUGUCGAGAUACUUACCUUCGAAGCUGUUCGUGAACAACUGACACGUGUACAGUUUAUAUUGCUUGUUCUUUACAGUGGUUGUAUUAGCCUAAUUACACUUCCCGUUUUCUAAAAAAAUGCUCUUUGAAACAGAGGAACAGAAACCCUUCUUUCCUAUUUCAGGUUGCCGUCUGAUUUGUAUGAUCAAGCCAAAUAUCUAUUACACUCACUUAGAGUGAUCUUAAGAGACGCUUGUUAAUUUUAAUAAAGAAAUCAUUACGACUUCAACACGUCAGGUACGGUAUUCGUUUUAAUCAUUCCCAUGUCGCAAGCCACAAGAGAACUUUUACCGAAGAAGGGGAAAGUCUUACCCGGCGCUAAAAUUUCCGUGCUGAUAUGUUCGCAAACGUAAGCAUUUAAUUUUGUAAAUAUAUUAACCAAGGAAGAGCCUGCUAUGAGACAUGCAUGAAACAGAUCAGUGAUUCAAAUUCCGUGAAGGAUUGUUAGUGUAAUAGAGAUGAUAAACAACUGAGCAAUUACAUUCCCACCCAAUAAGUUGAAAUAAUAACCUUACAAGCCCGGACUGGCAAAAUUUUAUUCUCAGAGCAAGGUAUAGUUUGAACGCUCCGUUGUGACGUGACAAUAAAGCGGAAAGGAAAAACAUUUUGGCGUAAAUACAUAUUAUAUGACGCCUGGGCUCUAUUGCAAAAUUUAUGGCAGUCAAUACUUAAUUGACCAUUUGUUGUGUUCCUCAGCACGCAGUGGGUUUUAAUGCCCAGAAAAUGGAGGCAUAUCCUGCUAUGAAGAAAACCAAUAGAAAUCUACAACACGGAUUGUGUGGGUGGUUUUCUCAGGAACAGUUCCUAACGUAUAUAUCUCAACAUGUUAAGAGAGUGUCUCUGUAAGAGCGGUCCGGUCGAUUUUGCUUGAGACACGGAUUUCGCUCGUUUCUCGUGUGUUGUAAGACAUUCAUGUACCUAUACUAAAACCACAAUCAGUUUGAUCGGAUCUCUUUAUUUUUCAGAGUUUUAAGGAAAUUAAAUUUCACUCGAGCGAAGGCUUGUCGUGACACUUUUCAAGACUUUAAUUUCAUACAACUUUGGAGGACAAUUUACAAAAAACUACGGAACUCAGCAAAAAACAAAUACCACAGCCAUGUAUAUUAACUCUAUCUUAUCUAUCGAGGCGACUUUCGUAAACAUCACGUGUCAGUCAAAGAAACAGGAAGACUUGAAUGACACCUUAUCGGUUCGCCUAAAUCAAACACGCCAAAACCGAUCAAAUUCAAGGUAAAUUUUUGAAAAAGUGAGGCGUUCUUAACUGAUCCAACUAACAUAGCUAGGAAGAAGGUGCCAUAGAAAAGAUAAUUACAGAAAAAAACUUUGCGGCCCGACCUUUACGAGAACUUUAUUUUUCAAAAAGCUCUAGGAAUAUCAGUCUAAACAGUGAAGGCAUGCUUUGUGGUACAGACAACUUUUAUUUUAUUCUCAUAACUUUCUCCUUAAAUACAUUUCGUUCCAAAUAGGACUAGCAUCAGUUCAUAGAUUUAAAAACAAAUAUUUACCACGUAAAUAAAUGUGUUUAGAUAAUCGAGAUAACCAUUGAACCUCUUGUAUCGCACCGGAAAUAACGUGUCUUGUCUUUGCCCAACUCUGAGAGCGUGGAGCGGCGAAGACGCGAGAUACGAGUCUCGCGUCUCGCGGAUUCACCAUGCUCACAGGAUACGCGUGACCUCACUAUCUUUAAGAAAAAUAAGAGACUACUCGAAGUCUGUAUUCCGUUCAACCAUUUCAUAAGAGUGACGCGAGUCUUUCAAUUGAGUGAGAAAGUCACAAACCCAUUCUUUACCUCACGAGCGUAACCACUGACCACUCACGAAUUACAGUAGGCUUCUCCUUUUACGCGGAAAUUGAAAUCGUAUCGAAUAUACAAAGUUAUAAUGAGUUCCUUUAGAUCUACCGAACUUGUAUCGCGUUGGAAACAAUUACAAGUACAGGAAAAGUCGUUCACAAGCGAGACGUUUAUUAGUUCUCAGGACUGCUUUUUGAAUAGCAAAGAUGGAAAAAACGUGUGGCUUAAGUGGUUUGGUACGACUGUCUGAAUGCUGAUCAUGAACUGAUCAGAACAAAGACACACCAAACUGCACAAGUGCUUAAGUGCUAGGUCAAACAUGGAACUGUCUUCGGUAAUUAUGUUUAGAAGCUAAGUCUUUAAUUCAGCUUUUUAAUUUUAACGUAGAUUCUUUACAAAUCUUUUCGCGAUUUACAUUCUCAGCUGUUAAAAGUAGAAUUCCGUUCUUAAGAAGUUUGAUGUCGAGGUUUAUUGAAAUUAUUCUUGAAUCUUGUCUGGAAUAUUUGCCGAAACAUGUUCUGUUGAAGUUAUAAGCUGUUUCCUUUUUUUCUUGUUUAGUGCAAACCGAGGAGAGAGAGACAAUUGUUACUCUACAGAUAG